UCUAGCUCCCAGUGGCCUGUAAAUUACAUUGCGCCAAUUACACAGAGACAAACAGAAAUUUAAAGAAAAACAAAUCAAAAUGGAGAGUCUCUGCGUUUCAUCUUCAACAGUCUGUCGUUUUACUCUCCACAGCAGCAACAAUAAGCGGCAAUGCAAGCUUUCUUCUUGUGCUUUACCUCGGUUUUCUAGUUCUUUGAUCGCCUCUAAUCCUCUCGUUAGAAUUUCAAUUGAUGAGAGAAAGAAUUAUACAAUGUUGCCGAUGAAGCGGAGAGCUUUUGGUGCGGUUUGUUAUGCUGGAAGUGGAUUGCUAGCUGCUCGUAAUUUGCAGUGGAUCUCCACCAUUUCCUCUGCGAUUUUGAUGGUUUCUAAAGGAACUGCAAUUCAUAAGUCUUUUCUUGUUCCAUUACUAGCUCUACAGGCUCCACUGACUAUCAUUUCUUGGAUUAAGGGUGAGUAUGGUAUUUGGACGGCAUUCAUGGCGCUUCUUGUCCGAUUGUUCUUCUACAUUCCUGGUGAACUUGAGUUGCCAUUUCUAGCAUUACUCUUGGUAAUUGUGGCUCCCUAUCAAGUAAUCAAUUUGAGGGGAUCACAAGAAGGUGCUAUUAUUGCUUUGGUGAUUUCUGGGUAUUUGGCUUUUCAGCAUUUCUCACGGGCAGGGAACUUGCAAAAAGCAUUUGAGCAAGGUUCAAUUGUUGCUACCCUAGCCAUCAUUUGUGUUACCAUUGUCUCCUGCUUGUUUUUAUUCUAAACUUAACCUAGAGUUUAGUUCUGUUUGAUUAGUAUAGUCUAUAUGUAUGUUACUCAAAUCUUUGAAAUGAUCAUAAAAUAAGCAGACGAGCAUUUUGUUAAAUAGAGAUAAAUUUCCUUGAAAGAAAUAAUAAAAAUGUCUUGUAUAUCACGUGUAACGCCAGUUUUAGUAGAAAUACCAGCAAUGCUAUUGUCUUUGAA